CCUCCCUCCCUCCCCGCCCGCCUCUCCUCCUCCCCCCCGUCGGCGCAGCGCUGUGGUGAAGCCGCAUUGUUUGUGCCGCGGGGGGAGGGGAGCCGCUCAGCCCCGGGAGCCGAGCGCCGAGCCCGCAGCCGGACGGCGACGCGCGCCGCGCCUCACGAAUGCGCCGCGCCCGGCGGCAGCAGCAGCCCCGCACCCAGCGCCGGGUGACCGCCGCGGGCAGCGCGGCCCUCCUAGCGCCCGCUCGCCCGCCCGCGGCUGCCGGACGCGGGGCCAGGCGGCAGCACCGGCGGGGCCUCCGCCAUUAACCCGGCCGAGCGUCGGCUGCAGCGGCGGAGCGGGAGGUUUGUCAGCCGCUCCUCGGCGGCUCCCACAGCGUAAACAUUACCAAAUGAGGAGAAAAGGAAGAUGCCAUCGAGUAUCGGCAGCAAGGCAUUCUUCUUCCCCAUGCAGUAUUAAGCACUCCCCGACACGAGAAACCUUGACAUAUGCUCAAGCUCAAAGGAUGGUUGAAAUAGAAAUUGAAGGUCGCCUGCACAGGAUCAGUAUCUUUGAUCCUUUAGAAAUUAUAUUAGAAGAUGAUCUUACUGCCCAGGAAAUGAGUGAAUGCAACAGCAAUAAAGAAAAUAGUGAAAGACCACCAGUUUGUCUAAGAAGCAAACGCCAUAAAAAUAACAAAGUGAAAAAGAAAAAUGAAGCUCUUCCGAGCUCACAUGGUAUACCUGCUACAACAGCUCCUCUUCCAGAACCAAAAGUACGGAUUGUUGAAUACAGUCCCCCUUCAGCUCCUCGGAGACCUCCAAUUUAUUACAAAUUCAUUGAGAAGUCAGCAGAAGAACUUGAUAAUGAAGUUGAGUAUGACAUGGAUGAAGAAGAUUAUGCGUGGUUAGAACUGAUAAAUGAUAAGCGGAAAAGUGAUGGCGUGUCAGUUGUUUCACAAAAUAUGUUUGAGUUCCUUAUGGAUAGGUUUGAAAAAGAGUCUUAUUGUGAGAACCAAAAACAGGGUGAUCAUCAGUCUUUAAUUGAUGAAGAUGCAGUGUGUUGUAUAUGCAUGGAUGGUGAGUGUCAGAACAGCAAUGUGAUCCUGUUUUGUGAUAUGUGUAAUUUAGCAGUACAUCAGGAAUGCUAUGGGGUGCCAUAUAUACCUGAGGGCCAGUGGCUCUGCAGACACUGUUUGCAGUCCCGCUCCCGGCCUGUAGACUGUGUGCUGUGCCCAAACAAGGGAGGUGCCUUUAAAAAGACAGAUGAUGAUCGUUGGGGACACGUGGUGUGUGCUCUGUGGAUUCCAGAAGUUGGAUUUGCCAAUACUGUUUUUAUUGAGCCAAUUGAUGGUGUCAGGAACAUUCCCCCGGCCAGAUGGAAGUUAACGUGCUACCUCUGUAAACAGAAAGGUGUUGGUGCCUGCAUCCAGUGCCACAAAGCAAACUGCUAUACUGCAUUCCAUGUGACGUGUGCUCAAAAGGCUGGUCUAUAUAUGAAAAUGGAACCUGUGAAAGAGCUAACAGGCAGUGGAACAACGUUCUCUGUGAAAAAGACUGCUUAUUGUGAUGUACAUACUCCACCAGGUUGCACACGGAGACCGCUCAAUAUUUACGGAGAAGCUGAAAUCAAAAACGGUGUUUGUAGAAAGGAGGGAUCAGUCAGAACUGCUAGGUCUACGUCAAAAAUCAGAAAAAAGACUAAAAAAGCCAAGAAAACAGUGGUUGAACCUUGUACAGUUAUGCCAACAGUAUCUGCUCCUUAUAUCCCCCCCCAGAGAUUAAAUAAGAUUAUGAAUCAGGUGGCCAUUCAGCGAAAGAAGCAUUUUGUUGAACGCGUGCACAGUUACUGGUUGCUUAAAAGACUGUCUAGGAACGGUGUUCCACUGUUGAGAAGGCUGCAAUCCAGUCUACAGUCACAAAGAAACACACAACAGAGAGAAGAUGAUGAAGAAAUGCAAGCCUUAAAAGAAAAAUUGAAGUACUGGCAAAGGCUGCGGCACGAUCUUGAAAGAGCACGUUUAUUGAUAGAACUUAUACGAAAGCGUGAAAAAUUAAAAAGAGAACAGGUCAAGAUUGAACAGGUUACUAUGGAACUUCAGCUUAUUCCAUUCACUGUACUUCUGCGAUCGGUUCUGGAUCAGCUGCAGGAAAAGGAUUCUGCUCGUAUAUUUGCUCAGCCAGUGAACCUUAAAGAGGUUCCAGACUAUUUGGAUCAUAUCAAACAUCCUAUGGAUUUCUCUACCAUGCGAAAACGGUUAGAAGCUCAAGGCUAUAAAAACCUCACUGAGUUUGAAGAAGACUUCAAUCUGAUCAUAGAUAACUGUAUGAAAUACAAUGCAAAAGAUACAAUAUUUUAUAGAGCUGCAGUGCGGUUAAGAGAUCAAGGAGGUGUAGUUCUCAGGCAAGCCAGGCGGGAUGCUGAAGGAAUUGGUUAUAACAAUGAAACUGGAAUGCACUUAGCAGAACGGCCUAAACUUGAGUCACCCCAGCCUUUCUCUUGGGAAGAUGUGGAUAGGUUACUGAAUCCUGCAAACAGAGCACAUAUGUCCUUGGAAGAACAGCUGAGAGAGCUGCUAGAAAAACUAGAUCUUACCUGUGCAAUGAAAUCCAGUGGGUCAAGGAGCAAAAGAGCAAAGCUGUUAAAGAAAGAAAUCAGCAUUAUUCGCAACAAACUCAGUCAGCAACAUAACCAAGCUCCUCAAAUAGAAUCAGGUAUUGGAAGUUUUGAAGAAGAAAGUGCAGCAUUAGAACAAGACGGAGAAGAAGAAGGAGAUAAAUCUCCCCCUAAACUUGAACCAUCAGAUGCAUUACCUCUUCCUUCAAACUUGGAGACUAAUUCAGAACCACCAACCCUCAAACCAGUAGAACUCAAUCCAGAGCAGAGUAAGCUUUACAAAAGAGUAAAAUUUGAUAAUGAAUUAUAUAGCACUUCCAUUCAGAAAGAAAUAAAUGGACACACUCCAGAACACUUACUUGACAGUAAUCUCAAUGAGUCGACUGUUUCUGCUGUAGCUGAGUCAUCAACUGAUGUAAACAGACGUACAUCCAUUCUCUUCUGCAAAUCGAAAAGUAUAAGCCCCCAAAAGUCUGCAAAGAACACUGAAACCCAGCCAACUUCUCCACAGCUAGGGACCAAAACCUUUUUGUCUGUAGUCCUUCCAAGGUUGGAGACACUUCUGCACCCAAGGAAAAGAUCAAGGAGUGCAUGUGGAGAUUCUGAGGUUGAUGAUGAGUCCCCUGUAAAGCGCUUGGAUACAGGUCUAUCAAAUGGUUUUGGAGAUGAAAGUAAAGAGAGAGCAUUAGAUGAUACUCCAGGAAGAAAAGUUGAACCUCGUCGCCGCUGUGCAUCAGAAUCUAGUAUUUCAUCUAGUAACAGUCUCUUGUGUAACUCAAGUUUCAGUCUGCCUAAGUGUGGUAAAGGUAAACCUGCCCUGAUACGGAGACAUACACUGGAAGAUCGAAGUGAAUUGAUAUCAUGCAUUGAAAAUGGAAACUAUGCCAAAGCAGCAAGAAUUGCAGCUGAAGUUGGGCAUAGCAGUAUGUGGAUUUCAACUGAUGCUGCAACAUCUGUUCUUGAGCCUCUAAAAGUAGUAUGGGCCAAAUGCAGUGGAUAUCCCUCUUACCCAGCUCUGAUUAUUGACCCUAAGAUGCCUCGUGUUGCUGGCCAUCACAACGGUGUUACUAUACCAGUGCCACCUCUAGAUGUACUGAAAAUUGGAGAACAAAUGCAGACCAAAUCAGACGAGAAACUAUUCUUAGUACUAUUUUUUGACAAUAAAAGAAGUUGGCAGUGGCUUCCCAAAUCCAAAAUGGUUCCCCUUGGGAUAGAUGAGACCAUAGACAAGCUCAAAAUGAUGGAAGGACGUAACUCGAGCAUACGAAAAGCAGUAAGAAUUGCUUUUGAUCGUGCUAUGAAUCACCUGAGUCGAGUCCAUGGAGAGCCAGUCAGUGACUUCAGUGAUAUUGACUAACAGAGAUUCUCUAGCAAGGCAUGAAAAAUACCACAGAGACUUGAACUCUACUAAUGAACCUCUUUGUCUAAAAGAAUGUAUUGAAGAUACAACCCCUUAAUUGUUGAUUCAGUGGCUGAGUUCUGCAAACUUGAAAUAGUUGAGCAAUUCUUCUAAAUCACCAUUGCCAUAUUGAUGAAUUAUUUUAUUGUGUUGUAGAUUGGAGGAUUUUCCACUAAACCUGUUAAAAUGUCUUGUUCAUAGUGUUCAUAAUUGUACAUAAAUGUAUAUUCAACACUUAACUUAUUCUGAUUUUAGAAGUAGCUCCUUAAUUCCUUUUAUAAUUUUGCUGGGGAGGGAUUUGGUUUUUGUUUUUUUCCACGCUUUUUACUUUUUUUCUUUCUUUUUUUCUGAGGUUAAGUUACCUAAGCACCAUCUUCCAGCUUUAGGUGUUUAGUGGAUCUUAAAGCCUAAUAUCAAAAUGGCAUCAAAUAUAAGUUUGCCUAAAUCAUAUACAGUAUGGUGCUGCUUGUAUAAUUUCUUCCUUGGUCUGUAGCUUCUGAAAAAGACUUCUGAAUGUUUGUGUAAAUUGUUGCUCUUUGCACAAAGUACCACAUAUUUAAGAUUGAUGUAAAUUUACAAUUACAAAUAUGUAUUUUAAGAAAGGAAGUUGUGUUAUUUUGGAGGGUACUUUGUGAAAAAGACAUCAAUAAAAAUUAUACUAUGUACAUCACUUGCAAAUCACCAAAAACACUCCAUUGUUGCCCAAAAUGACUUAAGGUUGUUAUUGUUUUAAACAAACCUGGCUUAAAGCCUGCAAGCACAUUAUUUCUUUCAAAACCAUAUCCCAUUUAUCUCCCAUUGGUUUAAUUUUGUUGAUAUGCGUGCCUCCCUGUGUUUUAUUUAUUGUAGAAAAUGUAUUAAUUUGCUUUAUAAUGAAAAAUAAAAUUGACAAAUAUA